AUGCCAAACCUGAAGUAUCUCAUCAACGAACAAGACACCGAUGGAAACACGGCUCUGCAUUUGGCUGCACUUCAUAGAAGUUACAACAUCAUAUUCAUACUUGCACAAGACAAGAGGGUGGACCAUUUGGCUAAAAAUAAGGAUCAUUUGACCGCAAUUGACAUUUUUGAUACUUAUAAGGAGAUUGGCUACGACGCUACGAAAGUUUAUUACCUGUUGAAAGGAUCUCAUGGACUCCCGGGUUUUCAAGGCUGGUUUGUUGAACAUGGCAAGAAGAGAUUAGACAAUCAAUUUGCUCGAGGUCAACCCUCUAUAUUGACAACUACAGGAAGUAAGAUUGCCAAUAGAGAUAAUUUCACUUUGUCAGAAAGAGGCAUUAUGGAUGCUCAACUACUAGUGGCAGGGCUGAUAGCCACCGUAAGCUUUACCGCAGCCUUCACAGUUCCCGGAGGUUAUAAUGACGAUGGAAUGGCAGUUCAUAAUGGCAGGCCAUUUUUUAGAACCUUUGUGACGUCUAACCCUUUGGCGUUCAUUUUCUCCGUCUCGGCAAUAUUCUUACAUUUUGUAAGUUUAACGUACAGCUAUGGUCAAAAGCCGAAAUAUAUUCCGACCGUGGAAGGUUGCAUUAUAAUUGCUAUGCACGGGCUGUUCGUAGCCUUUCAUGUGGCGCUGAGUCUGGCAUCGGAGAGAUUCCCCCAGAGUUUCGAGGAUGGAGUCUCUGUUUGUGUUACCUAUGGACUUCUCUUUGCCGUGUGCUUCUUGUCUGAUUUACCUGACCACGAGGCUCAUGCGUGGUUGCUACAUAGGUCUGGCAAAGGAUAUAUACGAAAGUUCUUGCUUGAUUGCGGGAUACACCGUAUCUUUUGA